AUGGUCGCCGACGAAGCUUCGUCGUCGGCGACCAUGGAGAUCGACCGGGCUUCGUCGCGAACGAAGUCCCACGGUUGGGCUUCGUUCGCGACGAAGCCUGCUGGGGAGAGGAAGCGCCCGAUCGGGCUUCGAUUACAGACGAAGCCCGAUCGGGCUUCGAUUGAAGACCCAAGGAAGCCCGAUCGGGCUUCGAUUGCAGACAAAGCCCGAUCGGGCGCGACUAAGCCCCACACCCAAUUGGACUCCCCCGACUGUUGGGCUAUGACACAGCCCGAUUAUCGCUGCCCAACAAAGCCCAAUCAAAUGGCUGAACAACAAACUACAAAAUUUACUUAUGUUCAUGCUCACCGAAUAUUACCCCCCGGAAUGCGAGUUACUACUCAUUGUGGGAUCAAACACCUUGAGGCGAUGCGUCGUGCUCUAGACCGAUACAAGUUAUUGGAUAGAUUCCUACAGGGCCCAUUAGGACAUUUCUUGAAGAUGCCUUUGUCCCUCCAUUUGACUGCACCACAGUUGAUAUAUCAUGUUCUACUUAGGGAGGUGACAUUUUCGAGUGCCCACCACGAUGAGAUGUGGUUCGAGAUUGGCGGCACACCAUACAGAUACGGGAGGCAUGAGUUCAUACUUAUUAGUGGACUCCGAUUUGGGGCUAUUGAUAGGGAAAGCCUUGAACCCAAACCUAUUGAGCCAGAGAGUUUACGUGCUCGACUAUUUCCACAACAUAAGAAGGGGGUGACUGGAGACGACCUUGAAUUACUUAUUAGUACCAAAGAGGAUAUGGUUUCAGAGGAUGCCCUGAAACUGAUUUACAUUGCUGUGGUCGACAUGUUUUUGUUGGGCCAGGAUGAGCGUGGGCAUGUGGAUGAUUUCUUGUGGACUAUGGCCGAGGAUUUACAAGCAUUUGAGAUGUUCCCUUGGGGUACAUAUGUCUACAGUAAGAGUCAACAUUACAUUCGGUUGGCCACGAAAGAAAGAAAAUUGACUGGUGAAGGUGGGAAGAAAAUUAACCUUUAUGGUUUUGUAUGGGCGUUUCAGUGGUGGUUGAUCGAAACGUUCCCAUGGAUUCAGAAUAAAUGGGCCGUCAGACUGUCCGAAGCAGACAUUCCAAGAUGCAGAAAAUGGCUAUCUAAAAAAAGGCCACAGAUAAAAAAUUACGACGACUGUCUUAGGAAAGAAGCACGAGGAUCGAGUCCGACUCUUGAACCCACUGAUGAUGAGAGGGAAACGAAUUUUUGGAGAUCUUUUAACCCUCAACACUCGGUUGGGGUCGACGUCUAUAAAUUUGGGGGCAGAGGGGGUGAAAAAAAGGAAGAGAAUGACGGGGAUGAGGACGAGGGCGGGGAUGAGGACGAGGCGGGUAUGAUACAUUUAGAUGAGGAGGGAAAGGAAAAGAAUGGGGAGGAGAAGGAUAAGGAGGAGACAAGAUUCCCUGAUAGUUCGCACCACGGACAAUACGAGACAGGGGAGGGAAAGGAGAAGAAGGAUAAUGAGGAGGCAAGGUUCCCUGACAGUUCACAUCACAGACAAUACGAGGCAGGGAUCACCGAGAUGCUGAAACAGACUCUAGAUAUGUUGCGGAGAAUAGAUGGGGAAAUGGGUCAGGUGAGGACACAAUUGUUGAGACUAGAGAGGGCGCAGGAAUCACUAGAGAGGGGGCAGGCAGCACUAUGUGCUCAUCUACGCAUCCCACAUAUUUCCCUAGAUCGCAGCGAUCAUGCUCAUGAGCAGUCCCAGGGUGGUGAUCAGGUAGAUCUUGAUCAUCACGAUGAGGAGCAGGCAUCUACAUCUAGACUACAGGAGGAGGAAGUGGUUAGGGUCGACAGACGACCUAUGCGAGAUAGAUUGCCAUCGCAAUUUCGUCGGCCACCCUUCACCGAUCCAACAAAAUAUAAAAGGAGAAAGAAGGAUGCCGCUUUGGAGGGGUCGGACGUGGACUCGACGCCACCGGUACUAGACCUAAUCCCGCCGGACAUAGAGACAGUGCCCCCUGAGGGCUAUAUUGAGUUCAUAGGUUCCAAUGAAAAUAUUAGUCUUCACACUGGUUUCAUUCUCAACCUAACACCGGAUGACCUCCGAAACAUAGAGAAUGAGGCCAACUGGUUGGAGGGUUACCAUAUUGAUAGUUACAUGUGUUGCUUGAGACGUAUACAGUCUCGGCGUCAAUAUGACACAAACUACGCUAUCAUGUCAACCUCGUUUUUUGCAUCCAUAGUAAGAUUUUGGGAACAGGAGUACGGGGGCAACAGGAGGUUUUUUGCGCCUUCUAUCGCAUCUAUCCCGGAAGAGUGGACCGGUUUCGUCGACGGGCGCACUGACAGGAGUCUCCCUUGGUGGACGGUCGAUUAUGUGUUGCUCCCUUGUAAUGUAGCGAAUUCUCACUGGUUUCUCUUAAAGAUUUGCUUGAAAGAUAGGAGAAUUGUCAUAUAUGACUCCAAUGCCAUGAAUGAAGACAGUCGUAGGAGCAGGGUCGAAGCUAUACAACCACUUGUGAGCCUCUUACCCAUUCUACUAAAGAAAGCUGCAUAUUAUGAACAUGUAACCACAACUGCGACGCUAGACAGAGAUUGGGAAGUAGAGAAUACUGAUCCUCAGAAGUUGCCUCAACAACCGGAUGGGGCCAGCUGCGGGUGCUACGUUAUCAAAUAUGUCGAGGACAUACUGAGGCAUAAUGAGGAUCACUGGCAGAUGCACCCGACUGUGGAUGUCCGUACCCUCCGGAGACAGAUUGGAAUAUUUUUGUAUAGACAUAGUACGAUAGUACGGUAG